UCCUGCUCUCCUAUUGGCCCCUACCCCAGCCUCUGCCGCGGUGACGUCAGGGCCCCGCCGCCCCUGCUGCGCUGAAUGGACCGAGCAGCCCUGUCUGAGCCAAUCCAAAACAGCUCGGCACGGCACGGCGCAGCACGGACAGACACGGAGACACCAUCCCGGGGAAUAGAGAGAUCAUAGGGACCGAGGGCUUAACGGCGGGGGGGACAGAGCGCUCAGAGUGGGGAGGAAAAGGCCUCUGAAGCCUCCACAUCAGCUUCAUCUGACUUGACACGUUUUUCUCCAGUGGACGGGACUGGGGGGAGCGCGCCCACCGUGUUGCGGGUGUAUGCGUGUGCGUUUGGAUCACGAUGAUGCAAAGCGCGGCGGUCCUACCGACAGAGAGUCCUGUAAAGAGUUUACCGGAGAUUCUCGGAGUACCACUGCAACAGAUCCCUCAGUGUGCGGGCUGUAGUCAGCACAUCCUGGAUAAGUUCAUCCUGAAGGUCCUGGACAGACACUGGCACUCCAAGUGCCUCAAGUGCGCCGACUGUCAGACCCCUCUGGCGGACAAAUGCUUCUCUCGAGCAGGAAGUGUCUACUGCAAGGAAGACUUCUUCAAGCGUUUUGGAACAAAAUGUGCAUCAUGCCAACAAGGGAUCCCUCCCACGCAGGUUGUGCGGAAGGCGCAGGACUUUGUGUAUCACCUGCACUGCUUUGCCUGCAUUAUGUGCAGCCGACAGCUGGCCACCGGGGAUGAGUUUUACCUCAUGGAGGAUGGGAGGCUAGUGUGCAAAGUGGAUUAUGAGACCGCCAAACAAAACGAUGAUUCAGAGGCAGGGACCAAGCGACCGAGGACCACCAUCACAGCCAAGCAGCUGGAGACCCUCAAAAGUGCCUACAAAAACUCGCCGAAGCCGGCUCGCCACGUCAGAGAGCAGCUGUCCUCUGAGACGGGAUUGGACAUGAGAGUAGUACAGGUUUGGUUCCAGAACCGACGAGCAAAAGAAAAGCGUCUGAAGAAGGAUGCAGGUCGACAUCGCUGGUCUCAGUUUUAUAAAAGUGUCAAACGCAGCAGAGGAGGAGCUAAGGUGGAGAAGGAAAGCUCAGCUGACGAUGCAGGUCUCAGUGACAGCGAACUGAGCUUCAGAGACGACCAGGUGCUGUCAGAUCUCAGCCACACCAAUGGGCUUUAUGGGAGUGUUGGGGAUGUGACCAAUAAUGGCAUAUUGAAUGGCGGCUUUUCUGUCGACGCAGCGGGGCAACCCUACCAUGACAUCCGAGCAGGAAGUCCCUACGGCCUGCCUCAGUCACCUUCCUCCAUCGCCUCCCUACCGGGCCACACCCCUCUCCUCAACAACUUGGGCUUCAACAUGGACAGUCUGGUGGCGCAGGGUGGGCCCGGGGGGGUCGGACAGGCUCUCAGGGCCAUGGCAGGAGGCCCCAGCUCAGACCUCUCCACAGGCAGCAGUACAGGAUACCCUGAUUUCCCCACCAGCCCUGCCUCCUGGCUGGACGAGAUGGACCAUUCCCAGUUCUGAGCGUGUGGAAUCUGUGGCGCUACGAAAGAAAAAACUCACAAGGCUUUUUACAUUUCUUUCUAUCGUCCUCUAAGACUUGUGUGUUUGUGAUGUUGGGUGAAGAGGAGAAGAAAGACAAGAAGUGUGACUCAGUCCUUCAGCAGUCUAAGUGAGAAGUGGGAUAGGGUCAAGAUGUGUAGUCCUAUAUUGCAAACCGGAGAAAUUCAGUGGUGGACGUCUCCACACUGAGUGAAAUGACUGGACAGAACACACCUGAAUGUUCAGUCUCAACAGUGUAUCAUACUGUUUUCACUUUUAACUGACUCCAUUUUGUUCUUUCACUCUUGAAAACUGAUACCAGAUUUGGGUGUUCCGAUAUGUAAGUGGAUUAUGCUCAUGGGGAGGUGAUAAUCUUCUCACCCCCUCUAAAAAAAACCCCACAUCAUCUUUGUUUUACAGCUACAACAUUAGGGCUACAGUCUAGAUCAAAGUCUCGAUAAGACCCAGGAGGCACCUGCAUGCUUCUCAUUCAUAAUGAGCAGAACUGCUGUCUGGCCAUAUCAAAGCCUUUACAUUGGCAAUGCACUUUACUCUCCUCUUCUUUUUCCAAUGUAAGGACAGGAAUGCAGAGAGAAUGAGAGAAAAAGAGGAGAGACAUAUGCACAAGGCAAAAACACAGUGUUUCAUUGGGAUAGAAAUUUACAAGAACAGUGGCACAAGUGUGAAUUUUGAACCAUGAAAAAAUGUUUUUUAAUGUAUUGCUGAAGCUUACAUAACUAAGUUAUAACUAGUAAGUAGAUGGCCGUUUGUCUGUCUGUCUGUCCACCUGUAGAAAGCUGAUAUUUCCUCCAUUGAAAUGGGGGCAAACACUGUUUGCUACACAGCAGGUCUGUCGUCUCUAUAUUUAUAGAUGCUUGACUUGUUCUUGUCUGUGUAAAGCUGUCUGCUGUCGGAGCCCAGAGCGGAAUCUGUCAGUAUUAAAUCAUUUGUUUUCAGACUCACCAGGAAUCAGAGCAUUGUGUUGGAGGACAGUUGAGAACUUUAGGGUUCGGGAGCAAAGAACUGUUCUUGUACUACAGUACAGUGUAUCCUAAUACAUUGAAGUUAUUUAAAUGCACAGAAGACUUGCAGAUUCUUCUACAAAUAUCACAAACAUGCUACUGACAUUCAAAACACCAACAAGUAUUAGCAGGGACACUGUUAAAACAAACUGUCGUUCUUGUGUUUCCUCAGUCUGAUCCCGGCUUCUCGUGGUAAUCUACUCAGUCCAGCAGAGCUUUAGCUUUGCCUUGUAUCAACCUACUUACUAACCCCAGAUGUGGCAUCAGGCAGCCCGCCUGGCUUCCAUAUCAGAGGGAUUACCACUGUAGUCCCCCACCAGUCGGGGUGAUACUGCAGGAUCAGCCACGGCUUCUGUGGUUGUUACAGUUCAGACCCACUUUCAGACACAUGUGAGCUGUAUCUUAAAGCCCACACAAGUAAAAUAAAGCAGUUAUUCACUUAAAAUAAAAUCUUUUUCUGAAGUAUCUUCGAUCUACAAACUGUAAGUGGAGCCAAUGGUUUCAUUUAACCUGGUAGUUGGGUCAAAAUCAGAAGUUAAUAAGAUCUAGGGAAAAGUUUGCUUAAAAAACACAUAUCACCAGGAACUUAACUGUGUCAUCACCUUUUUGUACGAAAAUUGCCAAGUCCUUUUUCUUUCUUUCUUUUUUCAAAUCCACAAAGACACAGGAUUCAGAAAAUCAUAUUCAAACACAAAACCAUGUCAGUUUGGUUAAGUCUGUGUUGCCUCAGAAAUUUGCAUCUUAAGUGUUGUAAAUUUUGUACAGUUUGAAAAUGUGUUGACCGUCUUGUUUCAUGAGCGCUAUUUAUUAUUGCCAUGUGUCUUUGAAAAAGAUGUAAAAGAGAGCACUGAAUUUAUUCAUUUAUGCCUUCUGUGUAAUGGUAUGAACUGUGUACAGUCAAAUCUAUAUGAGGAAAUAAAGCUGAAUUGUCUUUGGGUUA